UGAUAAAUCUGUAUUGGUAGAAUAUUCCUUGAAAUUGAGUCUAGGUAAAAGGAAAAAGCAGUUGAAACAAUGUCUCGCUGGGUCUCAGGCCGAUGCGCGCGGAAGGAUACCCGCCGUUCACAACUACACACCUGUUGUUACAGGGGAAGGAUCGCACAAUCACAGUGGUGUAACAUGCCUGAUCACGUUCUGCCACUCGGGCGAGCCAUCCACCCGGACCCAUUCAAGCGAACCAUCAUCGUCCCGCGGCCGCUGCUCAUAGAGCUCCGCCGGGCCAGACAGCACGUUCCACAUCACUCGGCCGUGGAAGUCACGCCCGAGCCGCUGCACCAGGGCCGGACAGGCGGCUUUAAGCUGGAGGAGACGGGGAUCAUCGGGCCGAGAGUCCCAAAUGAACGGGUUGUUAACUGUGACCGUCUCCAGCGUGCGCCCGUAGGCCUGCAGCAGGCAGGGGAUGACGUCGCAAUUCACGCAGAUGUUGAUUUUGACCUCCAGUCGCUUCAGCGGUGCUCGUUGGGUCUAGGCGCGCUAGUUGCCGGACCAUGCGACUCUCGUUGAAGCGAGGUCCGGGGAAAUACCGAAAAUCCUCGAGC